AAACCUACAGUUCCUUCAAGGCAGGAUUCUGUCGACAAUCGCCCUUUUACAGCGUAUGAAGUCGGAAAAGAGCAUCAAAAAAGGGUUCAAGGUCCAAACCUGAAAAAGCGCCGGUCAGAUUUUCUCAACGUGGUUGAAUCAAUCCCCGAUGAAACGGAACGUUCAGAAAAUCUCAAUGGUAAGUUAGGGUGUGAACCAACUGCUUGCCUAUCCUUUUUCAUUUUAAAUUUUCCUCAUACCCGACUAAGACGUACAAACGAACUAAAAAUGGCACACUGUCCACAAAUUAAUCGUCUCUUUCUUACAAUCACCCACUAUUCCGUAGAUUUUACUUCGAGAGCACCAGUCCAGAGGAUUUACACUUCUGGAGAUGAGCGAGACGAUAGCGUGGCGUCACAGCAUGGCGGGUUAGAAAUGUCAUCCAGCAGAUUUGAAUUCGCGUGGAAAUCUGUUCUUUUUUGCGUUUUUUGAGCAGCCUUUGCUCGCCUUUUUUGUAACACAACAACGGAGGAGAAACGGUAGAGGGCUUGUGCAUAAGGUGAUGAACAAUGGAUUUGAAAUGUUACAGAAAGCGAGAUUUUUCUCUUGAUGUACGUGUCAAUUUUCGGGCAGUUUUGGGUGUUAUUUUUAUCUUCACUUUGAAAUAUCUCUUGUGAAAAUUUUUUUAGGUCUUGAAAAAAUCCUUUGGACAUUCUCGCGAUAUUUUAGCUUUUUCAUGUGAAAUGUGGACGUGGGCCGCACUUCUGAUAGACGGGCCGCCUAAUUUUUCCCUUUUGCGAAGCAGUCGUCUGUAGCAAAAUGACCGCCUUCUGCAAGCAGAACAACACGAAGGCAGAGGCUACAUAGCCUGCGGGGAGCAGACGCUUUUUUCGACUCUUGUUUCAUUGGUUAUUUUUUGGUGGGAGAGAAACGACGAACGGAAAUACGUCUGCUGUUUGCAGGCUGCUGUUAUACAUAAAAAUGAAAACAAGUCUCGAGUCACAUGACACCAAAUUCGCGCCGUGAUUGGGUAAUUGUUUGUUUUGGUCGCGGAUCAAAACAUUUCCAAAAGUGGAAAAGCUCUGGACUGAGCACACAAAGAGUCGCUUGUGAAAUGACGUACAUGUAGUACAUACUCUGACCUCGACAUAACUUAUCUUUGCCAAAAUGGUAUUAAGUUUAAACGUCUUAACAGCACUGGGCUUCCUCCCUGACAAAAGUGACAAAACGUACGGUGCAACCUUUGAUGCUGAAGAUGUUAGCGGCCAUUCUCAGCUAGUUUUCCAUAUAGAGAGGUUGUUGUUUAAAGUUGGAAUGUAGACGUAAUGUUAUGUAAACCUGACGUAAAAUGUAAAAGUAUGGUGACCUGCUCUUAAUAUCAGUUCAAUACAUUUGGAAAUUCUUCCUUUUGUUCCUGCAGAAGCUUUUGCAAGGGUCACCAAUAUGUUGCUGCCUACAGCAAGGCACUUAAAAAAUAAAAAAAUGGUCAUUUUGAGUAGGCUUAACUAAAUCCUUGUACAAUUUCUUUGCAUACAGUUCCGUUAGUCCCUUCUGAAAUUUCUGCCAGAGGUCCCUUGGCUGUCGAUGCUUUUAACAGGGCUAUUCAGGAGGGACAAACCCGUGUCAUGAGGGUGCCAAUCAUGUUCAUUGGACAAGCGCGAUCUGGAAAGACCAGUUUGAAGAAGUCUUUAAAAAGAGAAAUGUUCAAUAAAGAAGAGCCAAGCACAAAGUUAAUCGAACGUGAUCCUUCUUACUUCAGUCUGACAAAAGAGACCAUGGCUUUAGGGGAAACGAAAAUGGAGCAAAGUGUUGGUUCUGAAGUUUCUUUCCAUAACAGAGCAGCGAAAUUCAUGGUGGAUGAAAUUUCCAGGAAAAAUUUGUCUAUACCAGAAGGUGAACGAAAUAUUGUAUCUUUAAACAGUCCAACUCGAAAAGAAACUGAUGCUAAAAAUGAAAUUCUAACAGAACCAAGGGAAAACAUCGCUGACAAGACUGAAGAGCAGUCAGAAAGAAUUUUUCAGACCGAAAAAGAAACAAUCAAGAAGAAACGCAUGGAAGACGUUCCGCCAAUAACGGCAUCUUGUUUUGACAAAAUUGUUAAGGAAUCCAAUAAGGAAGACGGCGAAAAAGUGUUUUGCAUUCUCUGGGAUUUUGGUGGACAGUCAGUUUACUAUGCCACACACCCAAUUUUUCUAACUAGAAAUGCGAUUUAUCUUUUGGUGUAUGAUCUUAACAAAGAUCCACAUGUCACUGCCGAUUUCAUUGAAAAGGAAGGUCAAUUUGAGCGGAAGGAAGACAGUAACUGCCGAAAGACCAAUGAAGAUUAUCUUCACUUUUGGUUGUCUUCCGUGUCCGCUUUAGAAAGCCAAACAACACGCCAUUCUGAGCCCUCAAGCUUUGGAAAGCUGCCCCUGGUUAUCUUAGUGUGUACCCAUGCUGAUCUCGCAGGAGAGGCAGCCGAAGAAAAAGCUAGAAAAAUUUAUGGCUCUCUACAAGCAAAGCCAUACAAAGAACACUUGUUCUCGAAGUAUUUUAUCGUGGACAACACCAAGUCCGGCAGUGACGAUGAGUGCAAGAAUGUCCAAAAGUUAAGAAAUGAAUUACUUGCACUUGCUAAGGAGCUUCUGCAAAGGCAGACCAUUCCGAUUAACUGGUUACGAUUUGAAGAAGCACUCAAGUGCAAGUUAGGGGAAAAUGUGUGGUUUGUUACUCUCGCCGAAGCCAGGGAAAUUGCACGUGACAAGUGUGAAAUGGUUGAUGAGGAAGAAAUGGACACUGCAAUUAACUUCAUGCACGAUCAGAGAAUUUUAAUACAUUUUAAUGAAACACCAAAGUUGAAAGAAAUGGUCAUUUUAGACCCCGAAAAGUUAAUUAAAUUGUUUAGGGAAGUGAUCACGGUCAGAAGCUAUGAUCAUACAGCAAAUGAGGGGCAGUUUGAAGAACUCUGGGAAAAGCUCGAGAAGAAAGGUAUUCUCGAUGAGAAACUGUUGAGUGGUAUGGGAACCCUACAAAGAAACCAAAGAGAACCUAAUCGAGAUUAUGGAGAAAUUCAGUCUAUUGUGUCUUUUGCCUUCAGAUGGCGAUGA